UUUAAUCGAAUGAUGCAUGUUUAUUGAGUCAAUUGAAGUCUGAUCAACUUUUCCUGAUUCCUGCUGCAAUCUGAGAUAGAUAGAAUCUGAUUAGGUUUCUAGAGUCUCAUCAUUCGGUAGUAGGAGAUUGGCUAUACGAGAGUUAGCCAGUUUACUGCUUUGUACUGGAAUCCAAUUCCAGUAGUGGAGUUCUGUGCUUAUUGCUUCAGCUUUCUAUCCCGGUGAAGACUAGUCGUCUGCCGGAUAGUUAGACUGAGAGGGCUUGGUCAGCUUAAGAGAUUCCAAGCUAUUGUCGGAUCUUCCGCAGUUUAAUCAACAGUAAAUCAACCAAAAGGAAUUACAACUUGGACCUAACUAAGGAUCUAGGGGGAAUCAUACCUAAGUGAGUUCCCAAACUGUAAUUAGUAGUUUAACUUAGUUUAGUUAGUAGAGUAGUUUAGUUAAUCAAUCCUUAAUCUAGUCUGCUAGAUAAUGAACUGAAGCUGAGUAAUAGUAACUCUAGAGACCCGUGGAUUCGAUAUUUAUUACUUGUGCCACUAUACUGCAGUCCCUUUCAUUGGUUACACUUGGCCAUUGUUAGGUGUUGUGUUUUAGAGCAUCAAGUUUUUGGCGCCGUUGCCGGGGACUUUCAAGAUUAUUAGGAAAGGCAGAAGUUUGUUACUUUAGCAUUUUUCUUUUCUUUUCCACCCUUGCUUUUCACUUGGGUGUUUUUUUUGUUUUUGUUGGUGCAGAUCUGAAUCAUGGAUCCUCAUGGCUUCUCCAACCAUUGGGGGUAUCCACCACCAACCGAGUGGUAUUACCCCGAGACUCUCUGGAGAAAUCAAGGAGGAGAAGACUAUGGAUUCGGGUUCCAGUACCAACCCCCUUACUACGGAGAACAAUCAGACCCCUGGGCAUAUCAAGAACAAUCUCAUUACCAAGAAGACUUUCUCCCACAACCAGAAGGGCCAUCAGAGCUGGAGUUAGCCAUGGAGGCCUUAACGGGCCACUCUGUAGAGCCAUGCUACACUUCACUGGAGGAUCCGAACGAACAAUUAAGGCUUCUCGUGGAGCAGUUUGCUCGAGACACUGAGAAAUCAUGCUCUAAGAUGGAUCUUCAAAUCAAAGCCCUUGCCACUUUCGAUCCCUCAUUUCUCCAUGAUAUGGAGGAGACUGUUCAGCGCUCAGCGAAGCAAACAUAGUGGGUGAAGCAAGUUUGCUCGCAUCUUGCCCAAGAUCACCUUUCUGCUACCACGCUAGAAGAGGUGGAGGAUGACAAAGGCUAUGGGAGCGUUGAGGAGCAUACAGAAGUUAUCACAGAGAACCCCCAUGAUAAUCAUGAUCAGGAAAGUCCUUUGGUUGCAGACCACAUCUUUCCUCAUUUAUGCUCUAACAUGCUGGGCCCGUGCGAGGAGAUGCAAGAUGAUCCCAUUGAAGAAAUUGCUUGGCGACUUGCUCUCCAAUCUGUUCUAGAAGAAGAAGAGUGAGCAAGGAUGAGGAAGGAAGUUGUGGAUGAUGAGGAAGAAAGAAAAGAAGAGGUGGUUCUUGAUCUUUUCCCAGGGGAGAGACCACAUUUUGAAGAAGAAAGGGGGGUUGAGGGAGCAAUUGGUGUCCAGGCUGAGGAUGAAGUUGAGGUGGAAGAGGCUUGCACCGGCCCUAUGUUACAUUUGAUAUCUCCACCAAACUUCGAGGAGCUACUUGGCAAGGACCCAUUUGCAGUGUCUCUUUGCCAGACCAAGGCCACAUCGACAUCGGCCCCUCUUGGUGGACGCGAUGGUGGCCAAUCGAUGCUGUCAUAUCUGGUUUGGGGCAAUGAGACGAGAGAAGAGAAGAAGAGGUCUCGAGGGUGGAGACUUCAUCUGCAUCAAGUACAUGAGCCUUCAUCACCUGCCACACCACAUGCUCGUGACUUGAGAUUCCACCUCAUCGACGAGAACCUCAACUUCAAGGAGGUUCUAGCAUGGACCGAAACUUAGGAGCCAUCGUCCGGCUCACGACAUGAAAGAAGCGCUUGUUGGGAGGCAACCCAACCAGUCGGUUUGCAUUUCUUUCUCUAUUUCUCCUCGGUUGAGUCAGUUUUGCUAUAUGAUUUUAGAGUCAAUAACUCAACCUUUGUGAGAUUUUGUGUGGUGUUUGUGUUCUGAUUACUCUCUCUUCCUGGAAUGCACUGCCUGACCCGUACAUCAUCAUUCACCCUUGAUCUGGUAACUUCGUUCUACCCUCCUUAUCUUUCCUCCAUUGAGGACAAUGUCAUGCUUAAGUGUGGGGGGGUGUUCGAUUAUGUAUGCGGGUGAAUGUUUGGCUGUUUGUGUGCUUGGAGCCUAGUUCACUGUCCAAAUUUUUAAAUGUGAGGGCUCCAAGUAUGUGUUUCCUUGCAAAUUGCCUGCUCAGUAUGCUUUGAAUUGACAGUCUCUAUAGUAAUGUGCAACCUAGGGAGGUAGUGUAGCACUAUGGACGAUGUUGAAGUAUAAGAUUUUUCCUAUCUAGCUCUCUGUUGUGCCAGUUGAUUUUGUGAAUUAGUGGAGCUAAGACCGUUGAAUUCAUGUGGUAAUGGUGACUCUGUUUGGAUUAUGUUAUGGACUCGUGUAUCGAACAGGGUGCUCAUACGGAAAAUGGGAAGCAGUUGGUCCUCCAUGUCAAAAUCAUUAAAUCUUAAACAUGGGGUAAGUCCAACGUGUGCGGCACCGUUCAUUGCACAAAAUCGAGUUUUGGAAGAGAUUUUAGUGAUCCUUAGUGGGGUACUCCUACAAGGUGAAGCUAAGUUGUCUCUAGUACAAGUAAAACUUCCACCCGUUGAACGGUUUGCCUACUUGAGGAUGUGUUUUUAAGGGCACGGAUAGAGCUUCCGACCCCCCUUAAUUUCAUUGACCCUCCACACGAGUUGAGUAAAAGGAGUUAAAAGAAGUACUCUGGCGAGCUCCAGAUGUAGAUAAAUUGCUCUUGCUCGACUAAUAAGGGUCGACCGUGCAAAAGACUGCAGUUGGAACCCCACCAAAUGAAAGAAAAAAUGUAAAUGAAAGUGAGAAAAAGGGGUUCCAACGGUGAAAUGAAGUGAAAGAGCACCCCGGUACAACGAAUCCUUGGUUGUGAAUAGUGUGAGUCCCUUUAUCCAUGAAUUGACUGUCUUACUUCUACUUUUUCUCAUGAUCCUGGCUUGAGUCUAGUACUCGCAUUGAGAGAGAUAGGGAACGUCUUAGAAGACCAGUUGACCUCGUAAGCUGCUAUAUGAUCUAGGAAAUCCUCUACCGACGAUCGGGGUUGUAUGUUGCUAUAGAGCUCUGGAGAGCUGCAUUGGUUUGAGUUAGGUUUGCUUGGGGACAAGCAAACAGUUAAGUGUGGGGGGGAUUUGAUGACUCGGUAUUUGCACAUGUUUUCCCCUUUGUUUCUUGAUUGUUUGAGCUUGAAUUAUCGUGUCUUUGGCCUAUUUUACGCUAGUUUGUGUUCCUUUGUAACAUUUCAGGUCCUAGCACAUAAAGUGAAGCAUAGGCGCAAGUUUCAAGUCAAUCAGAGAUCAAUUGACGAUUCGGGAGAAGAAACUCGGGUAUGACCUGAAGAAGAAUGGAUUUCUACCUCACUUUAUGGACAAAGAAUCAUGCAAGCUUGUCAUGAAAAGAAAGAGGACGAGACUACGAGCGUCUGGGAUCAAACGGCGACUGAUUCAGAGUCCGGACGAGGGAGAAACGAAGCAUUAAACAGAGGCUGAGCAAGCCACACGGGCACAACCCACACGGCCGUGUGACCUGGCCAUGUUGCCGUGUGGAAAUCACCGAGCUUUCACACGGGCAGCUGGGAAAGCCACACGGCCGUGUGGCCUGGCCGUGUGAGUCGGGAAUUGCUGUUUAAAACCCGAUUUUCAGCAAAAGGAAAGGAGGAGAGCUGGGUUUUGGAUCCCAAACACCCAAGGGACGAACCCUAGAGAGAGAGAGCGACUUGGGAACAUUCUUGGAGCUAUUUUGGAGGAUUUCUUCGCCAUUGGAGCUCGGGUAUCAAGCUUGGAGAUGGAGAUUGAAGAUCUAGAUCAGAUUUCUGCAGUCUCUCUCUUCUCUAUGGAGUAACUUCCCUUCACUUAGGUUUUGAGGAACCUUAGUUCCAUGAGUUAGGAUAUUUCUUGUAUAAAGUUUUGGAUGCUAUAUUGUUUGAUUUUAAUCGAAUGAUGCAUGUUUAUUGAGUCAAUUGAAGUCUGAUCAACUUUUCCUGAUUCCUGCUGCAAUCUGAGAUAGAUAGAAUCUGAUUAGGUUUCUAGAGUCUCAUCAUUCGGUAGUAGGAGAUUGGCUAUACGAGAGUUAGCCAGUUUACUGCUUUGUACUGGAAUCCAAUUCCAGUAGUGGAGUUCUGUGCUUAUUGCUUCAGCUUUCUAUCCCGGUGAAGACUAGUCGUCUGCCGGAUAGUUAGACUAAGAGGGCUUGGUCAGCUUAAGAGAUUCCAAGCUAUUGUCGGAUCUUCCGCAGUUUAAUCAACAGUAAAUCAACCAAAAGGAAUUACAACUUGGACCUAACUAAGGAUCUAGGGGGAAUCAUACCUAAGUGAGUUCCCAAACUGUAAUUAGUAGUUUUACUUAGUUUAGUUAGUAGAGUAGUUUAGUUAAUCAAUCCUUAAUCUAGUCUGCUAGAUAAUGAACUGAAGCUGAGUAA